AUGGCGCACGCGCUGGACGUGCGCAUAUGGCCACAAGCGCGUGUGCUCGAGUGGCUCAGGGGACUUGAGUUGGAGCAGUAUGUGGGGCCGUUUGCGGCAAACGACAUCGAUGGCGAGGCGCUCGUCCUCCUCGAUGAAGCGUCGCUGCGCGAUUUGGGCGUGCAAUCGGUCGGGCAUCGUGUCGCGCUCCUCUCCGAGAUAUACCGCUUGAAGAUGGAGCACGGGGUGCCGUUGGAGUCGGGCGAUUGGGUUCCCCUCAGCCACCAGGAAACUGACGUCAACGACGUGCAUCGGAUGCUGCAGGAACGCGACGACCGCAUCCAGAACUUGGAGUCGCGUGUUGCGCAGCUCAAUGCUGCACUUACGCACAUGCACGAAGAGCUCGGCGCACUAACGCAGGCGCACAGGCGCACAGCACAGAGCGUUGGAUCCGUGCCAGAGUCCAUGCCUUUGCAGGACCGGCCGUCGCCCGCAAUACGCUCCGCGGGAUGGACGGCGUAUACCCCAGAGCACGGCGCAGUAGAAAGGAGCGCGAGCUUCGCUCCCGUCAACGAUGCAGUCGCAUCCAUGCUCCUCGGUCGAAAUGGCGUCGUGCCGGAGCCUAUCGCGCACACAAUAGACUACACAAGUAUGGACGAGCCGUGCGGCGCUGUAUUGAGCGAGGCAUUGCGCAGGUACCAUGUCCGGGAUGACUGGCGCGAGUAUGCGCUGUUCCUCGCGACGGACAAUACGGAACGGUGCUUGUCCUACGACGAAAAACCCAUCGCCAUGUACACCAAAAUGCGCGACGGGGGGCAGACGCCGGUGUUUAUCGUCAGGCCAUUGCGCGAGAUCGAUUUGCCCAUCGUGGUUGCGGAACGCAAACUUGCCGCGCGCAGGAAUCCACACAGCAGCAAACAACCUGCAAUGCGUCUGCGCGCUUCGCUCACCGACAUGGAAGAGCACGCAGGCGCCGUGGCGCAGAGUGUAAGCCAUUGGCUUCGGCAGCCAAAAUGGAGCGGCGCGCGCGGCGAGGAAGCGCUGCGGCGCGCCGUCGUGAUGGGACCCGCGGAGAAUUUCUUGGCGCCGCCGCGGCGCACGUUUGCGAUCGCAAUUUACCCGUACGAGUCGGAACGCGACGAUGAAUUCGACGUCAAAGUCGGCGAUACCUUUAUCAUCUUGUCCAAGACAAAGGGGUGGUGGGCGCUGCGCAGAGACUCUGUCGCAAAUGGAGAGGGAGAUAUCAUCUUUCCAGUGCAGGACCAUACGCAGCCAGAUCAUACCCCACGUGUAGAAAUCUGGACGGGGUGGGCACCGGCGGGAUGUCUCUUGGAGACGACACGGCCCAUGGCGGAGAUGGUCUACGCCGGAGGGAUCACAUCACCGGCUUCGAGCAUUGCACACACGACUAUAGGGUACAACCCAUUGUCACCUACACAGGUCUUGCACGCGGAACUCGCAAACGCGCCCAUCUCGCUGAGCAUUGUGAGCAGCGCAGGCACGCGCGGAGUCCUCCUUGUGGAUUACAGCUCCGAUGAUGGGCAUUUGCAGCUGCGCGCGGGCGAUUUGCUGCGUGUGUUUAAACGGUAUGUACACGGCACAGCUCACCUGCCAGGUACAACUACUGGUCCUAUUGCAUUGCAGAAAACGCAUCGCAGAUGCGCGGGUGGCUUCCGAGUUGGUGUAUGUAUUGAGAAAAAUUCUCACGCUAGAUAUCUCGCGCAAACGCCCAGGGUCGCAGGGAAACGAACACGGCUAUAG